AUGGCUCCUCAAGUUUUUCGCACCCAAUCUCUGGUUCCUCCGUUGCACCAUGAACUCUUUCUUCUCUACACCAUCCUCAUAUUUCUGUCCUCCAACACAAUAGUAUUCACAUCAGCACAAGCUAGCAACAGAUCUGAGAGUGACCGGCAAGCCCUUCUCUGCUUCAAAUCUGGCAUCUCCAAGGGAUCUGCCCGUGUUCUUGGAUCAUGGCGCAAUGACUCGCUCAACUUCUGCGGCUGGCGAGGGGUCACCUGCAGCACCACCCUCCCAAUCCGCGUCGUGUCCCUCCAACUCAGGUCUACGCUGCUCACAGGAACACUAUGCAGUUGCAUGGCAGCCCUUAAUUCUCUAGUUCAGUUGGACCUUUGGAACAAUAAGUUAUCUGGAAGCGUACCUGAAGAGAUAGGUGAGCUUCGGAGCCUCCAAACCCUGAUGCUUGCUGGCAACAGGCUUUCAGGUAACAUCCCUCUGUCAUUAGGUACAGCUGCAUCUCUUAGAUCUGUCAACCUUGCAAACAAUUCUCUUAGCGGAGCUAUUCCUGAUUCCUUAGCAAAUAGUUCGUCACUUAGUGAGAUAAUCCUCUCACGUAAUAACUUAUCUGGGGGGAUCCCAGCCAAUUUGUUCAACUCAUCCAAACUUGCUGCUGUUGACCUCCGGUCGAAUGCUCUCUCUGGGGCUAUCCCACAUUUCCAAAAGACGUCAGCUCUGCAGUUUCUCGAUCUUACAGGGAAUUCACUUUCUGGCACCAUACCAGCAUCUUUAGGAAAUGCCUCAUCCUUGCGUUCACUCCUGCUAGCACAGAACAAGUUAGCAGGAUCAAUUCCGGAAACUAUCGGUCAAAUUCCAAAUCUAAAAAGGGUAGAUCUAAGUAAUAACAUGUUCUCGGGGUAUGUCCCAGCUACCUUGUACAAUGUGUCAUCACUCACAUUCUUUAGCCUAGGCAGCAACAAAUUUACUGGACAGCUACCUUAUGACAUUGGCCACUCACUUCCAAACCUCGAAACAUUAGCAAUGGGACUCAACAAAUUUCGUGGAUCAGUCCCGGAUUCCCUGACCAACAUGUCAAAGCUCCAAGUGCUUGAUAUUUCAAGCAACUUGCUUACUGGCGUAGUGCCAUCUCUAGGAUCCUUGGCAAACUUGAGUCAACUGCUUCUAGGAGAUAAUAAACUCGAAGCUGAUGACUGGGCCUUCCUUACCUCUCUGACCAAUUGCACUCAGUUGUUAAUAUUAUCAAUGGAUGGAAAUAUCCUGAAUGGAAGUUUGCCAAAAGCAGUAGGCAAACUUUCAACAAAGCUUCAGCGGUUAAGCUUUGGAAGAAACCAAAUUUCUGGAAACAUACCAGCUGAGAUAGGGAAGCUUGUAAGUCUCGCUCUGCUUGACAUGGGCCGGAACAUGCUCUCAGGACCAAUUCCCCUGACAGUUUGGAACUUGAGCAAUUUGGUUGUCCUAAAACUUUCCAUGAAUAGGUUGUCAGGUCAGAUUCCAUCAACAGUGGGUAAUCUUGUUCAACUCAGCCAGCUUCAUCUUGAUGAUAAUGAAUUGUCUGGAAACAUACCAGAAAAUAUAGGACAAUGCAAAAGGCUGCUUAUGCUAAACAUGUCAGUUAACCACCUUAAUGGAUCCAUACCAAGAGAACUCUUCAGUAUUUCCUCCCUUUCAUUGGGCUUGGACUUGUCAAACAACAACCUGACUGGGCCAAUACCAUGGGAAGUUAGUAACCUGAUCAAUCUUGGUCUCCUUGAUGUUUCCAACAACAGAUUAUCUGGUAGCCUUCCUUCUGAACUUGGCCUGUGUGUUCAACUGCUAUCCCUUCAGAUCAGAAGCAACAUGCUUAACGGGAGUAUUCCCGAGUCUUUCAGCAAACUGAAGGUCAUACAGCAGAUAGAUCUGUCCGAGAACAAUUUAACUGGUCAAGUUCCACAGUAUUUUGUGAACUUCAGCAGCUUAAAUUAUAUUAAUAUAUCAUACAAUAAAUUUGAAGGGCCAAUCCCGACUGGUGGCAUAUUUCGAAAUUCAGCUGCAGUAUUCCUGCAAGGCAACACAGGCUUAUGUGAAACAGCUGCUGCCAUAUUUGGAUUGCCCAUUUGCCCAACCUCCUCAGCAACAAGAAGGAAGAUCAACGCACGCCUGCUGCUGAUAAUAGCUCCACCAAUUACUAUUGCCGUGAUCUCAUUAUUAUGUGUUGUUGUCACUAUUACGAAGGGAACUAAAGCUCAACCAUCUGAAAGCUUCAAGGAGACAAUGAGGAGGGUGUCAUAUGGAGACAUCCUUAAAGCCACCAAUUGGUUUUCUCUGGUCAACCGGAUCAGUUCAAGUCAUACAGCAUCCGUCUACAUUGGCCGGUUUGAGUUCGAGACAGACCUAGUGGCCAUCAAGGUAUUCCAUCUCAGUGAGCAAGGUUCAAGAAAUAGCUUUUUCACUGAGUGCGAAGUGCUAAAACACACUCGCCACCGCAAUUUGGUUCAAGCUAUCACUCUGUGCUCAACGGUAGAUUUUGAGGGUGAAGAAUUAAAGGCCAUAGUAUAUGAGUUCAUGGCAAACGGUAGCCUGGACAUGUGGAUACACCCAAGGGUGGGUAGCUCAAGGAGGCUGCUGAGCUUGGGCCAGCGGAUAAGUAUUGCUGCUGAUGUGGCUUCUGCUCUGGACUAUAUGCACAACCAGCUGACACCUCCUUUGAUCCACUGCGAUUUGAAGCCUGGCAAUGUUCUGCUGGACUACGACAUGACCUCACGCAUCGGUGACUUCGGGUCCACCAAGUUUCUCUCUUCAAGUAGUGGCGGACCAGAAGGCUUGAUUGGCGUCGGAGGAACGAUUGGAUAUAUUGCACCUGAAUACGGGAUGGGAUGCAAAAUCUCAACAGCUGGUGAUGUGUAUGGUUUCGGGGUGCUGCUACUGGAGAUGCUCACGGCGAGGCGACCGACGGACGCGCUAUGUGGUAACGCUCUCAGCCUUCACAAGUAUGUUGACCUAGCUUUCCCCGACAGAAUUGCUGAGGUUCUAGAUCCCCAUAUGCCAUCUGAGGAGGACGAGGCGGCUGCAUCUCUACGUGUUCAGAAGUACAUUAUACCUCUGGUCAGCAUUGGCCUGAUGUGUACCAUGGAAUCGCCGAAAGAUAGACCAGGAAUGCAUGAUGUCUGUGCUAAAAUUGUUGCCAUAAAAGAGGCAUUUGUUGAGACCUUGUGA